AUGUACGCGUACAAUAAGCCCAUCAAGGCCAUGGAGCCUCAACAUAUCCAGGACCACUACAUCGGCAUUGAUGUCGGCACAGGCUCCGCCCGCGCUUGCAUCAUCGACGAGACCGGUGACAUCAAGGCUUUGGCCGCAGAGAACAUCAAGCUGUGGCAGCCCGAGAACGGCUACUACGAACAAUCCACAACAGACAUCUGGCGCUGCAUCUGCGAAUGCGUGCGCCGAGUUGUGCAAGAGUCUCUCGUCAACCCCAACCAGAUCAAGGGCAUUGGCUUCGACGCCACCUGCUCUCUGUCCGUCUUCUCCAACGACACCGACGAGCCUAUUCCCGUUACCGGCCCCGACUUCUCCAACGAUGGCAACGACCGCAACGUCAUUCUCUGGCUGGACCACCGUCCGGUCGAGGAGACAGAAAAGAUUAAUGCCACCAACCACAAGCUCCUCAAAUAUGUUGGAGGCAAGAUGAGCAUUGAAAUGGAAAUUCCCAAGGUUCUGUGGCUCAAGAACAAUAUGCCUCCCGAGCUGUUCGCUCGCUGCAAGUUUUACGACCUGGCAGACGCUUUAACUCACCUGGCUACGGGCAAUGAAACGCGCAGCUUCUGCAGCACAGUCUGCAAGCAGGGCUUCGUCCCUGUGGGCGUGGAUGGCAGUGUUAAAGGCUGGCAAGAAGAUUUUUACCACGAAAUUGGCCUCGGUGACUUGGUCCAGGAUGACUUCAAGCUCAUGGGAGGCGUCGACGGGGUGAGCGGAAAGUUUGCCAGUGCUGGCGAAUGCGUAGGCACACUCAGCCGUCUAGCCGCCUCUCAGCUCGGCUUGCCAGAGGGCAUUGCUGUCGGAAGCGGUGUCAUUGAUGCCUAUGCAGGCUGGAUCGGCACAGUUGGUGCCAAGGUCCAGCUGACUGAAGACGAGCUCAGGACUGAUGUUCCCAAAAACGACGUUAGCCAGGCCUUUACUCGCUUGGCUGCCGUCGCAGGCACCUCAACAUGCCACUUGGCCAUGUCUAGAAAUCCAGUCUUUGUCCCUGGUGUCUGGGGUCCUUAUCGAGAUGUGCUGAUUCCAGAAUUCUGGAUGGCUGAGGGUGGCCAGUCAGCAACAGGAGAGCUGCUACGGCAUAUGCUGGACGUCCACCCGGCGUACAACGAGACCAUGGCUCUGGCCAAGGCCGAAGACAAGCAUAUUUACGACUUCCUCAACGCCCACCUCGAAUACAUGGCGGAGAAGCAAAAUGCUCCGGCCGUCUCUUACCUUGCGCGCCACUAUUUCUUUUACGGUGAUCUGUGGGGUAACCGCUCGCCAAUUGCGGAUGCCAACAUGAAAGGCACCAUGAUCGGUCUCGACAGCGACAAGAGCACCGACAACAUGGCACUAUGGUACUACGCCACCAUGGAGUUCAUUGCCAUGCAGACUCGCCAGAUCGUUGAGGAAAUGAACAAGGCCGGUCAUGAGAUUUCUUCCAUCUUCAUGUCUGGCUCACAGUGCCAGAAUCCAAUUCUGAUGAAUCUCCUGGCCACAGCAUGCAACAUGCCAGUGUUGAUUCCCAAGUACGUCAACGCGGCAGUCGUUCACGGAGCUGCCAUGCUGGGAGCAAAGGCAGCCAGCCAUAACGUCCACGACGGCUCAGAGCCCGAGACGCUGUGGAACAUCAUGGACCGGAUGAGCAAGCCCGGCCGAUUGGUUCAGCCCGGCACUGACGCUGGCGAGAAGCUUCUGCUGGACGCAAAGUACGAGGUUUUCCUCGACAUGUGCAACACACAGCAACAGUACAGAAAGAAGAUUGACGGCGCUGUCGCGAAGUGGGGCGCCUUGUUUGACGAGUAA